GCGGGGUAUCGUAUUAUGGCCAUCAACGGCACGUCUGUGGUGGGGGUGUCACAUGAGAAGAUUGUCAAGACACUCGCCGCGGCAGAGGUCCACCUCACCACCAUGCACAAGGACUUGUACUCUACUCUCGUGUUGCCUGCAGUCUAUGCUGAAUAA